GCCGUGACGUCUGCUGAGAAUUUCCAAUUGAGAUUUUCAAUCCUCCACGCAACUUUGCCGACAUGCCCAAGCCUUCCAAGAAGGGCAAAGGCCCUCGACGCUCCCAAGAUGCCCGGGGACUCGACGACAGCUCCCUCAAUCAGAUCACGGCCAAAAUUGAUCAGAGCUUGAACUCCAAAGAUCACAAGCGCAAACAGCCACCUACUAAGACUGCUGGUGACCAGCAUCAGAAGAGGCAACGCAAUUCCCAAGGCUCCGGCGCUGAGAAGGGUAGCUCUAAAACUGACAACGAUGUGCUUCUCGAGGAGAUCAAGGCUUUGGGCGGCGACGAGAGCGACCUGGCGCUCAUCAAAGACAUCGACUCUGAGGAUGAAACCUUCGCUUCGACUUCCAAGGGACCUGUCGACAAGAGCCUGAAGGAUGAGCUCGCCGCUUUCUCGAAGCAACUUGGCUUUGCGGAGGUUGAACUGAGCGAAGCCAGCGAUCAGGACGAGGGUGACGAUUCCGAGGACGACGUUGAAGACGAUGAUGAGGACGAUGAGGAAGAUGCGGAGGAGGAGGAGGAAGUGAAGGAGGCUCCCAAGCGCAAGGAAGCAGCCCCUCUCAAGAUUGCGGGAUUAGCUUUCCAGCCCAUGGCAGAAUGGCAUGCCGCCGAGCUGGCCAAGCUACCGACGCCAUCCAACGACGAGCCCAACUCCUUCAAGUGGUCCAUAGAGGCUCUGAAAGAACAUGCCAGAACACUCUUGGACCAGGACGUUACCAAGUACAGGGCCAGCUUCUUCGCUUCGUCCUCCCACAAGUUCUUGUCGACCAUCAUGACAUCGGGUACUCUCACUGACAAGGUCUCUGCGCUGACCUUGGCCGUCCAAGAAUCUCCUGUUCACAACAUCCGGGCAUUUGAUGCACUCAUGACCCUCGCUUCGAAGAAGAGCCGAGGUCAAGCUCUUGGUGCCAUCGGUGCGCUCGUCGAUUUGUUAGGGCCUGGAACUCUGCUGCCUUCCGAUCGUCGCCUCCGAACCUUCCAUACCCAGCCCGGCCUGAUUGGAACGCUCCAACGAAACUCUGCGGCCAGUUGGGCUGCGGGAAAACCCUUGCCUGGCAAGAUCACGGACGCCCAUCUGAUCGCCUGGCUUUACGAGGACUGGCUGAAGGAGACGUACUUCCGCAUCAUUCAGCUUCUCGAGAACUGGUGCUCUGACGAGAUUGAGUACUCCCGUACGCGAGCUCUCGAUUUCGUCUAUGGACUCCUCAAGGAGAAGCCGGAGCAGGAGUCAAAUUUACUUCGCCUCUUGGUUCACAAGCUCGGUGAUCGGGAUCGCAAGAUCUCCUCUCGCGCCUCAUAUCUCUUGCUCCAGUUGCAAAACUCACACCCCGGAAUGAAGCCAAUCAUUGUGCGUAUGAUUGAGCAGGAGAUUCUGCUCCACCCUUCUCAAGACCAUCGCUCAAGAUACUACGCCAUCAACACCCUCAAUCAGACUAUCCUCAGCAACAAGGAGCCUGCUCUUGCCGAGGCUCUCAUGAGAAUCUACUUCGAGCUGUUCACGAUCAUCCUCAAGACUGGGAAGCUGGGCAUCGCAGUUCCAGUUGAAUCACAGCCCGGCGAUGAACCCAAGGAGGCAUUCGACAAAAACCACAAAAACCGACGAAGACCUCGUGGUGGCAAGACCUCUACACCUGUGGCAACCGAGCCAGAGACCGAGGCCGCCGACAAACUUGUCUCAGCCAUCCUGACUGGAGUCAACCGAGCGGCACCUUUCAUGACCGGCAACGACGCUGUCAUGGAAACCCACCUCGAUACACUUUUCAAGAUUGCUCACUCUGCCAACUUUAACACUGGUAUUCAGUCCCUACUCCUGAUCCAGCAAAUCUCCUCAUCAAAGAGCAUCGCCAGCGAUCGAUUCUACAGAACUCUCUACGAGUCUCUACUGGAUCCUCGGCUAGUCACUUCUUCUAAGCAAUCGCUUUACCUUAACCUGCUCCUCCGUGCCCUCAAGAGCGAUGUCGACACCCGGCGAGUAAAGGCAUUCGCCAAGCGAAUGCUUCAGAUCUCGGGUCUACACCAGCCCCCAUUCGUUUGCGGCUUGCUAUAUGUUGUCUCGCACCUUCGUGAGACAUUCCCUGACCUCUCAAUAUUGAUUGAUGAGCCUGAGGAGUCGGUCUUCGAUGAUGAGCCCGAGAGCGAGCGCCCAGUUUACGACGGUCGAAAGAGAGAUCCCGAGCACAGCAAUGCCAACCGAAGCUGUCUGUGGGAGAUGAUUCCUCUGCAAGGACAUUUCCACCCUUCGGUAACUGUCUUCGCGGCGUCUAUGUCGAAGCCCAGUGAGAAGGCAAAGAAGCCCGACAUGGACAGCCAUUCUCUUAUCCGCUUCUUGGACAAGUUCGUGUACCGAAACCCCAAGGCUGGUGAUGCGUCCAAGGGUGUCUCGAUCAUGCAGCCUCUCCGAUCAACCAAGGACCUCGGCGACAUUUGGCUGGGAAGCAAAGGACCCGGAGCGGCUUCGCCUUCAGUCAACAACGCCUCCUUCUGGAAGAAGAAGGUCCAGGAUGUGGCGGCGGAAGACGUCUUCUUUCACGAGUACUUCCAGCAGGUUUCCAAGGAGGGCAAGGAGCCUAAGAAGAAGGCACCGACGGCCGGCGAGGGUGAGGAUGAGGAUGAACAGGAGGAUGAGAUUUGGAAGGCGCUUGUCUCGGCUCAGCCAGGUGUUGAUCCCGAUGAUGAGGGUUCUGAUAUGGGCUUCGAUGAUCUUAACGAUUCGGAUAUGGCUUCUGACGGAUCGGAACCAGACUUGGAUCUGGAGAGCGAUCUGGAUAUGGAUGACGAUGACGAAAUGGAUGUCGACAUCGAGGGUACUGAUGACGAGGAGGGUGGUGCUAUGCUAAGCGAGGAUGAGGAUGGAUUCGAGGUCAAGGAUGCGGCGAGCAGCAAGCCCAAGUCAAGGCGCAGACAGAUCAAGGAUCUCCCCAUGUUUGCAUCUGUCGACGACUACGCGGAGCUCCUGGCGGGAGAACAAGACAUGUAAGAAGCGGGCAUAUAAUCAAUUUCCACAUUACGGGUACAGGCGCUGGGAGGGCAUCA